AAAGCGCUGAUGGAUAAGCUGCAAAAAACGGUGUCCUCGGAGGGAAGGUUUAAAAAUCUGAGAGAGACUUUGAAAAAUUGCAACCCUCCAUGUGUACCCUACUUGGGAAUGUACCUGACGGACUUGGCCUUCAUUGAGGAGGGAACGCCCAACUUUACAGAAGAGGGACUUGUUAACUUUUCCAAAAUGAGAAUGAUUUCGCACAUCAUCAGAGAGAUCCGACAGUUCCAGCAGACACCCUACAGGAUAGAGCAUCAGGUGAAGGUGACCCAGUACCUCCUGGAUAAGACGCUGAUCAUGGAUGAAGAUACUCUCUAUGACCUCUCACUGAAGAUUGAGCCUCGGCUUCCUGCCUGAUCAAUAGCCGUCCGUCAUUGAGAGCCUGCCAAACCUGACCCCCUCCCACCCCACUCUUUGCCGAGGUCCACAUCCCAUGGGAUCUCAAGUGAUCAAAUGAAGAUGAAGCCUGGGAAAGGUCUUGAAUCUGCCAGCAAAAUGCGACUGGUCCGAGGACCGCAUGAGGGAAAUUGAGGGUUUUGACGAAACGGUGUGCCGUGUCGUGCCGGGCCCGCGUUCACCGUUCCUCAGCGUGUUGCCGCUCGCUAGGAGGGACUGGAUCUAAAGAAAUGUAGCAUACGGAGAGGGCGUGGCAGCGAGAUAUCUUAGCUAGCGUCUCCGUGUUGUCGUCUGUGUUGUGUUGAGCCUCGUCCUUUUGCAAGAGCCGCGCAUGAUUUUGGCUUGGGACAUAAAUGUCUGGCUUUCAGCUUCAUCUCUGACUCCAACCAAUUAGCACUUAUGCAUCCUUGGGAGCUUGGUAUGGCAUGCAGGUUGAACUUGUUUAUGCCAGAGACCACGUUGUCGGUUUUAAGUUCAAAAGUUGCUUCAUAUUCAGUACCGAUCGACCGCUCCAGAUUCCCCGUGUUAGUGCAAACGAUUGUUUGUCUAUGUGGGCCCUGCGGUCGGCUAGCGAUCGGUUCGGGGUGUGCCCAGCCUUCUGUCCGAAGUCAGCUGGAAUAGGCUCCAGCACAUUUGCGACCAUCAGAUGGAUGGAUGGAUGGAUGGAUGGACGGACGGACGGACGGACGGACGGACGGACGGACGGACGGAUCCUAAUUCCACCAGAUAAGCAUGGAUACCAAGAAGGCGCUCAAAUUCUCACAAAAUAGAAAGAGUGCUUCAUUGAGUGCCAUAUAAGAGAAUAAUAAUAUAGAAAAAUAAAUCCAGAAAUCGGAAAUGGUUAUUGAUUACACUAUUAUCACCACAAUUAAGUCCUACGUUGUUUCCAUAUUUUCAGCAAUUUCCUUAAAAUAUUUUGAAUAUAUUUUUAGAAACAAUUAAAUAUGAUUUCACUUAACGUAGAAAAUCUGAUAUUUUGAUCAAAUUCAUGAUUUAAUAGAUACCUUUAGCUAGCCAGUUAGCAUUCAUUUUGAAAAAUAAAUGAUAGAAUAGUAAGAAGAAAAAACAAGUGGCCUUCUCAUGCGCAACUCCCGUUAAUUCAGUCGAUGAAAAGGACUCGUGUUGUAUUGUCUGCAUGUUCAUGCUACAACUGAUAAAACAAUAGCGCCCUCUAGUGUUGUAAAGAGCUCUAUUGUCCCAAAGCUUUUGCAGCUGUUCAACAUUUUGAAUUUUUUGCACUCUCUGAGAUGUAGCUUUGCUUGAGUGAUGUUACGACGCUGUUAUCACACAUAUUUGUUUCUCUUUUUUUCAGGGAUACAAUAACUCCCCAGGAAUUGGAAAAUAUUUUCAAUUGUUAUGCUGUGAAUAUUCAUUUGACUCUCACGUCUCUAUCGCUCUCCGGCAUUACAGGGCCAGGCUCUUGUGUGACAAGAAAUCUGUUUGUUGUGAAGGGAAAAAAAAAUUUGAAUGUUAAAAAAAAAAAUGUAGCAUUUGAAUAAUCCAAACGUGUUUGUGUAUUGCUCAUAUGAUGCAUGUACACAACAGCUGCAUGUUGUGCAUGUCUGACCUCUGCUUCUCUGGAUUAUUAUGGUCUGCCUGCGUGUCUAGCUGUCAGGGGGUACACGUUCACUAGGUCCUCAAUGAGCCUGUUAUGUUUUUUUGUACUGCGCUUUGCCAUUUGAAGUGGCAAAUGUUACAUGGUGGCUGGGGGCGCCAAUCAUGGAUGCUGUGUUCGUAAUGUAAAAGUCCUGUUUUCACCUUUGCGUGU